AUGGUACCAUGUUCGGUUGGCUAUUAUGUAGUAGAAUGGGAGAAGUACGAAACGUGUAGAGGACCUAAAUUGAAAAAUCUAACUGAGUUCACCAGUAAACUGCUAAAAAAUAAAGACGACCACUUUAUUGGACAGCUGAAUAUGACCUUCUUAGAAGACACUCGGGUUGAUGAGAUAAGAAUGUACGUGUACACUAUUAAAGAUAAUGCAAAAGUUCUCCUUUGGAACUACAAUAUAAACAAACCCUGCCAGCACUACGUGUUCGCCACAUUACUUGAAAGUUACCUAGGAGCCAAAAAUUGUAUUGUUAAAAAGGGUUUCUACUACAGUGAUAUGGACAUGUCAGACCUUAUGGCCAAAUAUAUUGGUAAACAGUUUUUCUAUGGCGAGUACUUGUUUAAGGUACUUAUGAACUCAAAGAAGGGUAACCUGUUUUGCACGUAUUUUGAUCCGAAAUUCAAGAAAAAGAAGACUCAAAAAACCUAG